AUGUCUUCCCCAACGUUCACUUUUCCUCAGACCGUAAAGUACCGCUGUCACACCCUGGAAUAUGGCAUAGUGGUCCCAAACUAUGGGUGGAGCGACCACAAGAGGUACCGGAAGGUGAUGAAAGAGGACGAGCUUUGCCCCAAAUGCGAGAGGAAACUGGAAAGGGAGAUGCUUCGCGGCUUGUACUGGUUGAACCAUCGAAAUGGCUUCUCAAUCGAGUAUAUUUCCAUCUAUCGCAAUGGGGAAUCGCCCAUGACCAGUCCCGAAUGGCCUUUGUUCACCGAGUCCGAGUCCGAGUCUGAGUUCACGGAAGCACAAGAGUCGCCCGGAUGGUCAAGCAGGGGGGACAUGGAAGACGAGGAAGACGAAGAAGAGGAGCAAGAAGAGCAGGGGAAGAACGAAGAGGAGCAAAAAGAAGACGAGGGGGGAGAAGACCAAGAAUCACCCCAACAGAGAUUGCUCGCGGCCUUGUUCGCUUUGUUGAUCGCCGACUCCGAUGAAGAGUCCGACGACGACGAGGAAUUUUCCACCACAGAGACAGACGACGAAGCACCCGAGGAAGAGGAGAUAUCCUCUGCAGGGCCUGACACGAUUAAUGAAGCCGGGGUCCUGGAUCAGAUGGCUUUGGCUUGGGCCUGCCGAUAG